UUUCAGAGAUGGCAUCAGAAGCAAAAGAAGAUGUGAGGCCAUGUGAUCCUGGAACAUCAGAGUCGGGACGGAUGCAGAAUUCUAUUAAAGAAGGUGACUUUGUCAUCUUUAAAAAGGAAAACAUUCUCAAAGCAAUACAGAUUAGGAAAAACAGAACAAUGUUCUUGGAAAAAAUGAAAUUCAAGUUAGAUGGAGCAAUAGGUCACCCAUAUGGCACAAUGUUUGAGGUCUGCAACAUGAAACUGGUAAAAGUGGAGAGGAAAAUCUUGAACACGGAAGAUGCUACAGACAAAGGCAUAGACAACAGAGAUCUGCAUGAUCGUAACUUAGAGAACCAGAAACUUUCCAGAGAUGAAAUUGUCGAAAUGAAAAAAGAAGGAUUAAGAGGACAGGAAAUCGUUGACCAACUGGUAGAAAACAGUGCCACAUUCAAGAUCAAGACGGAAUUCUCACAGGAAAAGUAUAUCAAAAAGAAAAAGAAAAAGCAUGUUUCAGUGUAUACUAUAUUAAGGCCUUGCACUCGCCUCAUCAGUGAUAUGUACACUAACAAAGGGCCUGCACGCAUACUGAAUCUAAGAAUUGAUAGCCUUGGUCAGAUUUUGUCUCAAGCUAAUGUUCGUGCCAAUAGUCGCGUCAUCGUCAUGGAAAACACACUGGGCUUGGUAUUAGGAGCUGUGCUUGAACGUCUCUCUGGACUGGGAUGUGUCGUAAGCGUAUACUCUGGGACUGAUGUGCAUGGAUCAAGGCCAGCAGUAGAAGUGUUCAACUUUACCAAAGAACAGUUAGCCAUUCUUCACCACUACCCACUUCAUGAACUAGACACAGUAAACACAGAUAUAGCAGAUACAAACCCACAAUCCAUUAAUACGGACACUGUUACUAUAGAGAAGAAAUCUACUGACAUUGCUAUGGCAACAGCAAGUGAUGUUGCUAUGGAAAAUGAUUCUGACAAAACAGGAAUUGAAUCUGGGAAAGACAAAACAAAUGAGAAUGAAAUUAUUAAAGACAAUUCAAAAGGGGAUACUACAGAAAAGAAUGAAGCAAUAGUUGCUAUAAAGAAUACAGAUACUGAACAGGGUGUUACAAAAGAGACUAAAGAGAAAGCAACAAACGGUGACAACAAGAGCAAGCGAUUCCGUUAUGAGAAAGAGGAACACUCAGAGAAGAAGGCAGAGUGGCGCAAUAAGGUGGAAGAGACCAGAAAGAUCCUCAAGGCUGGUGACUUUGAUAGUUUAAUAGUUGCAUCAAAGUUCCAUCCAACCCCUAUUGUGAUGGAUUUGAUUGAGUAUGUGGCGCCAUCUAGGCCUAUUGUAGUGUUCUCACAGUACAAAGAGCCUCUAAUGGACUGCUUCUCUAAACUUAGGAGUCGAGGUGGAGUGUUGAAUCUGAGGUUGACAGAGACUUGGCUCAGGGAACAUCAGGUGCUACCAGGCAGGACACAUCCAUUAAUCAACAUGAGUGCUACAGGGGGAUAUUUGCUAACAGCCACAAUGGUUAUGAGGGAUUAAAGGAGUCUACAUU